AGUGGAGGCUUUGGCUGAUGGAGGGAGAAGGAUGCAGUCCCAUUUCUCUGUGGUAUCCAGCAGAAAAGGAGGGAACAAUCCCAAACUCCUCUCCAAAACUCAGAGAGCUCAGUGGGUUGGAGUAACCUGAUGAGAACCCACAGCUCACCCAACAAAAUCAGAAUCCACUCCAAUCCCUCUCCGUGCUCAGACACUUGAGGACAAGCUGUGGCCAUUGUUAGAGAGUGAGGAAGAGGAUGACAAUGAAAUGGAAGUGGAAGACCAAGAUGGUAAAGAAGCUGAGAAGCCAAACAUCAUUAAUUUUGAUACCAGUUUGCCCACAUCACAUAUGUACCUGGGCUCGGACAUGGAGGAGUUCCACGGGAGGACGGUGCACGAUGACGACAGCUGCCAGGUGAUCCCCGUGCUGCCCCGGGUGAUGGUGAUGCUGAUCCCCGGGCAGACGCUGCCGCUGCAGCUCUUCCGCCCCCAAGAGGUUAGCAUGGUGCGGAAUUUAAUUCAGAAAGACAGAACCUUUGCUGUCCUUGCAUACAGUAAUGCACAUGAGAGGGAAGCACAUUUUGGAACCACAGCAGAAAUCUAUGCCUACAGAGAAGAACAGGAAUAUGGAGUUGAAACAGUCAAGGUGAAAGCAAUAGGAAGGCAGAGGUUCAAGGUGCUUGAAAUCCGAACACAGUCAGAUGGAAUCCAGCAGGCUAAAGUGCAGAUCCUGCCUGAGCGAGUGCUGCCCCCCACCAUGGCAGCAGUGCAGCUGCAGUCCCUCAGCAGGUGCCACGUGGUGCCCUCCUCCAAACCCUCCUGGCAGGACAGAGCCAUCAGGCAGUGGUGGCAGAAGUACCAGAAGAGGAAGUUCCACUGUGCAAGUUUGACAUCUUGGCCCCCCUGGCUCUACUCUCUCUAUGAUGCUGAAACCUUGAUGGAAAGAGUCAAGAGGCAGCUCCACGAGUGGGAUGAGAACCUCAAAGAUGAAUCUCUUCCAUCAAACCCAGUAGAUUUUUCUUACAGAGUUGCUGCCUGCCUGCCCAUUGAUGAUGCUUUACGUAUCCAGUUGCUCAAAAUAGGCAGUGCUGUGCAGAGGCUGCGCUGUGAGUUGGAUAUCAUGAACAAAUGUACAUCUCUGUGUUGUAAGCAAUGCCAAGACACAGAAAUAACUACCAAGAAUGAAAUAUUCAGCUUAUCCUUGUGUGGGCCCAUGGCAGCCUAUGUGAAUCCCCAUGGGUACAUCCAUGAAACCCUCACUGUGUACAAAGCCUCCAACCUGAGUCUCAGUGGACGGCCCUCCACAGAGCACAGCUGGUUCCCUGGGUACGCCUGGACCAUCGCCCAGUGCAGGAUCUGUGGGAGCCACAUGGGCUGGAAGUUCACAGCCACCAGGAAGGAGCUGUCCCCCCCCAAGUUCUGGGGGCUGACGCGCUCGGCGCUGCUGCCGCGCAUUCCCGAGGGCGACGCCGAGGACUCGGAGCGCGGCCGCUCGCCGCUGCUGUGCCUGUGACACCCGUGGGCCCUGGCCAGUGCUGCUUCCCUGCUUCCCCAGCCCAGGAGCCCCAGGAGCCCUCCCAGCCCCGGAUCUGGGCUCUGCCAGCUCCCUGUGCUGCUCUCAGCAGCAGUGCUGUUCCUGAGACAGCGCAGUGCGGAUCCUCGGGGGACGCCGGGAAAUCUCUGAUCCACACGGACACACUUGAGACUGGACUUGUGUAAUUCCCUCUUGCAGGGAAGGAAGAGGGAUGGAAGCUAAAAUCCACCUGAAAUCCCAAUAAGCAGAGUCAGAUUGAUGCAAUAUUCCCAGGAUGGUAGAUAGUUACCUGCUGUGCAGUGUUUGCCAUAACACACUGACACGUGGUGUGCUGAGAAUCCCCGCUUCUAACUCUGUGAAAUCCUUCAGGUUUGCUGCUUGUGCUGUUCCUCAGCUUUCUGCUGAAUAACCAUGGAAGAGAGAAGCAGCCUGAGAGUUUCUGAGUGCUGGAAUUGCAGCUCCUCCCAGGAUGGAAGCCGUGGGGAAGUGUCUGUUCCUUACAAGUUGUCUCAUCUGUUUAGUCCAUUUGACUUUAGAAGUUUUAAAUUUUAAACUGUUGGUAAGAAGUGCAGAGGUCAGUCCCAGAGGGCAAACAGCAUUGUCAUGUUCUGUUCAGUGUGCUUCAAUUAUUCCCCAAAUUAUUGCUGGGUAAUUUACCAGUGGAGAUGUCCAGGUUUGGGAAGGACUCUAAAACACCCCACUGAGGUGAUUUUAAAGUACUUGUUGUCACAAAGGGAAGGAAAAUUCUCUUUUAAUUAUUUUGUUUUAACUUUCAGAUCAUAAAGUAAAAGUUCACAUUAUCACCUUAUAAAGAGCAAAAAUUUCCCAAUAAAACAGAAAUAAAGGCAGUGCUUUUUUGUGGGGAGGUUUCUUGGUAGAGCUUUGGUUUGGUUUUCAUUUUAUCUGUGCUCCACAAAUUGGUUGCAAACUGGGGCAGCUUUUCCCACUGAUUUAUUGUUUUUGUUUUCCUCACAGAAUGCACUUUGGUGAUGGCAAUGGAGAUUUUUUCACUGCUUGUGCACAUAAGCACUUGUUUUUCUUGUGAGCUUUUAUCAUUCACUCUUAAUUUCUUCACAGUGAUGUAAAAGCAGUCAGGUUUAAGACAUGAGCCAGUGGUUGCUUUUCUCUGCCAGGCUCCAGGCAGGUGUAGCAAGGACAGAUCAGCUGAGGGCCAAGCCUGGCACAGCAGGGGCUGAAUUCCCAUGACCUGCAGCAGGAAAAACUCCCCAGACCAUGGACUUGCUGCUGGGUGUUUGCCAUGCCAGGUAUGUAGAGAUUAAAUGUGUAACUCAGGUGUAGUUCUUUGAAACUUCCUACCUCUGUGCUGCUUCUGUUCUUCUCAGACACCUGGAAUUCCAUGUGCAGUGCCCUGGCUUGGCAGUGAGCUGUGAAAAGCAAGGAUUGGGAUGUGGCUCUGAGCAAACAGAGGGUGAUGAGGACUCAUUUUCACCCAGAAAACUUUCUGUAUGUUGGUAAUGAUUCAUGGCAAGCUUGGAAAGCCAAGCAGGGCUGUGAGAGGUGACUCUGAAUGCUCUGUGUGUGAAUCCAUGGAGCCAGGCCUGGCUUUCCCCAGCCCUGCACACACAGCACACCUGGGCUGGACUUUUGGCUGAUUUUUACUUUUCCCCUCAAAGUCCUUCCUGUCUGUUCUGUGACCCUCAGGGGUUGGUGGUGGCAGAAGUUGGAGGGUGCUCCCAGCACCUUGUGCUGCCUGGGUGUGAGAGUUCACUGGGGCUGGGGAGUGGAAAUUCCAAAAGGAUUCUCUGCAGUCACUGAACUUCUAAAGGUUCAGUUCCUUGGGGUUUUGGUUGUUUGGAUUCUCAAUUAAAAAUGGCAAUGAUUGAAUCCAGAAUAAACAUAUUUUUGGUGUUCUGUGUAUAUAAACUGAUAUAAUUGAGGUAAGUCAAGAGUAAAUUAACACCAAUUAAAUUGUGUUGUUGAUGCUGCUGUUCCAUGUGCUGAGCCUGGGUGGUGUUUGCUGUACUGGAGUCCAUGACACUUCCCAGGCUGGAUGCAGUCCUUCCAGGGAGGCAUCAGAGGAUGCAGCACUCCAGGCUGUGGAGCUGGGGAUGGGUCCUUACACUGGUUCAUAUUUUACUUGCUUUUCUCUUUUUUGAAGAGAAAACCAUUGGUGGGAAUUCAGGAAAAUUUGGAACAUCAGUAUGGAAAAAUACAGACAGCAACUGCUUAGGAGAGCUAAUGAAAGGAAACAGAUUUUAAGAAUAUUUACUACAUUUACCCCAUUGAUGGGCUGAGUAGCUUCAUGCAGGAAUUAAUUAAAGAAUUCAGUGGGCAGGACUGAGGGAUCACAGGAUUUACAGCACAGAUUUGCUCAUUUUCAAGCAUCAUUGCAGCAUCACCAACACCCCCAGUCAGAGCCUGUAACUUUGCAAGUUUUCUUUUCUUUUAGUUUCAUUUUGACAAACAGGUAGAACCACUUGUACACUGGGUCUGAAACAUUUCAGAUGCUCAUUUGUUUUUUUAUUAAUGCUCUUUCUGGAUGUGCUGCUGUUCAUUUGUUCCUCUGUCACCUUUAAUUGCUCUGUAAACUGCUCCAGGAGUAGCCCAGUCUCUGCUUUAACUCUUCCUUCUCUCUGCCUUUUGGGACAACUUUUCUGACAAAUCUUGUGGCUUGCAAAUAUUUGCAAAGAAUAAAAUUCAAUUUGUUUCAAAACUCA